AUGGCACGAGGCCAGCAGCACCCCUUCAUUUUGGGACAGGCUUGGCCGCUGAAUGGACCCUGCCAGCAGCAACGCGACGGCGGGGCUUCGCCCGCGCGCCUCGUGUUUGCGUCCUGCAGCAUCGCCGGUGGCUCCGGUUUUGGCGCUGCACAGCAAGGCUCUUGCAUGCCAAUCUGCCCCGCCCAGCAGCAACAGCAACAGCAACAGCAGCAGCAGAAGCAUCAGCAACAGCAGCAACAGCAGCAGCAGCAGGAUCAGCAGCAUCUGCAGCAACAGCAUGACUUGCAUGCCAAGAACCCUCCGCUGGCCUGGGCGCUCGUUGGCGGGGGCGGCGGCGCCCACAUGGCUGGAGGCGACCACGGCCUGCACUCCCUGAGCCGCCACGUCAACAGCGAGGCCGGCAAAGCGGCCGGUGUCGUCGGCGCGCAGCUACUGCUUCUGAUCACCAAUUGGCAGCGCGGCGUGGCGGAACAUGGCGAGCUCCUGCACCGCCGCCUCCUUCCAUGGCGCCGCAACGGCUCCGCCGCGGCGCCCGCGCCCGGCGCCGACGCCGACCGCGCGUCCGCCCGCGGCUGGCGCCUGCC